AUGGACGAUCCGCUGUACCGGCUCGAGUUUCUGUCGCUCGUGUCGAAGAUCGCCACCGAGGUGGAGAAUCAUCUCGGGAUCCAUGACCGCACGCUCGCCGAGUUUGUGAUCUCGCUGCAUGAGCAGUCUGGCUCGCUCAAGGUGUUCCAGAGCAAGCUCGACGAGGCCGGCGCCGAGUUCUCCACGGCCUUUGUCGAGAACCUCGACCGGCUGAUCACCACGCUCCAUCCCAAGCACAAGCAGGAGAAGAAGGAGCAAAAAGGGGAUACGGCCGAGUCGGAGCGCCGCGCGCAGAUGCUCCCGGGCCUCGCGAUCGAGGACCAAGAAUGGGGGCUGCCGUCCUACUAUGAUACCCCUGCCAAGCCCGGCCCUCCUCCCCGGCCGCCCCGCCGCAACUCGCAGUCGCCGCCACGGGAGCGGGGACGCGAGCGCAGGCGCUCGCCCGACUAUGCACGCCCGGUGCAGCGCGACGAGCACGCCGUGCCGCACAAGAUCUACGACGGACGCGUGUCCGGCGUCAAGGACUUUGGCGCGUUUGUCACGCUCGAUGGCGUCGUCGGGCGCCAGGACGGGCUCGUGCACAUCAGCGCCAUGAGCUCGGAGCGCGUCGGGCACCCGUCGGACGUCGUCGCCAGGGGGCAGCACGUCAAGGUCAAGGUGCUCUCGGUGCAAAACAACCGCAUCUCGCUCUCGAUGAAAGAGGUCGACCAGCACACCGGCCGCGACCUUGUGCCGCAGCACCGCAUGCGCUCGGACGCCGACGUACGCUCGGACCGCGCGGCGGCGACGCUGACCGGCGCAAACACCGCGCCGCUGGGCAUGGCGCCGCCGCCCGACGUGCCGGAACGGGGGCGCAAGCGCCUCACGUCGCCCGAGCGCUGGGAGCUCAAGCAGCUCAUCGCCAGCGGCAUGGCCAAGGCAAGCGACUAUCCGGAGCUGAUCGAGGAGGAGUUUGCAACGCCGGCGACGCGCAUGCGGGGCGACGACAAGGACGAGGAGGUGGACAUUGAAGUGAACGAAAAAGAGGCGCCGUUCCUUGCGGGCCAGACUGCCGCGUCGCUCGAGCUCUCGCCGGUGCGCGUCGUCAAGGCGCCCGACGGCUCGAUGAACCGCGCCGCCCAAGCGGGGACGUCACUCGCCAAGGAGCGCAAGGAGCUCCGGCAGCAGCAGCUCAACGAGCAGGCGGACGCGCAAAAGAAGGACACGACCACCGCCUGGCUCGAUCCGAUGGCGCCGCAGAACGAGCGCACGUUUGCCCAAGACGUGCGUGGCAACCUCAUUGGACAGCGCACGCAAGAGCAGGCGGCGUGGAAAAAGCACACCUUUAACAAGGCGACGACCUUUGGCAAGCGCACAAACCUCAGCAUGCAGGAGCAGCGCGAGAGUCUGCCCAUCUUUAAGCUGCGCGAGCAGCUCGUGCAAGCCGUGCGCGACAACCAGGUGCUGGUCGUCGUCGGCGACACGGGCUCGGGCAAGACGACGCAGCUGACGCAGUACCUUGCCGAGGAGGGCUUUGCGGACCACAAAAAGAUUGGGUGCACGCAGCCCCGCCGUGUCGCCGCAAUCAGCGUCGCGAAGCGUGUGGCGGAAGAGGUGGGGUGCCGUGUCGGCCAGGAAGUCGGCUACACCGUGCGCUUUGAGGACUUCACCAGCGCCGAUACCCGCAUCAAGUACAUGACCGACGGUAUGCUCCAGCGCGAGAGCCUGAUUGAUCGUGACGUGAGCGCCUACUCGGUGAUCAUGCUCGACGAGGCGCACGAGCGCACGAUCGCGACCGACGUGCUCUUUGGCCUGCUCAAGAAGGCGCUCAAGCGGCGCCCGGAUUUGAAGCUGAUCGUGACCUCGGCGACGCUCGAUGCGGCUAAGUUUAGCGAGUACUUUUACGGGUGCCCCAUCUUUACGAUCCCCGGCCGGACCUUUCCGGUGGAGAUCCUGUAUACCAAGGAGCCCGAGCCGGACUAUUUGGACGCGUCGCUGAUCACCGUGAUGCAGAUCCACCUGUCCGAGCCGCCGGGCGACAUCCUCGUGUUCCUUACUGGACAGGAGGAGAUUGAUACCAGCUGCGAGAUUUUGUACGAGCGCAUGCGCGCGCUGGGGCCGAGCGUGCCGGAGCUCAUUAUUCUCCCGGUGUACUCUGCGCUGCCGAGCGAGAUGCAGUCGCGCAUCUUUGAGCCUGCGCCCCCGGGCGCCCGCAAGGUCGUACUUGCGACAAACAUUGCCGAGACGAGUAUCACGAUCGACGGUGUGUAUUACGUCGUGGACCCCGGCUUUGUGAAGCAGAACGCGUACGACGCGCGCCUCGGUAUGGACAGCCUCGUUGUGACGCCCAUCUCGCAGGCGCAGGCGCGGCAGCGCUCGGGCCGUGCGGGCCGUACUGGCCCCGGCAAGUGCUACCGCCUGUACACCGAGGCGGCGUACCGCAACGAGAUGCUCCCGAACCCGAUUCCCGAUAUCCAGCGCCAGAACCUCGCCUCGACGAUUCUCAUGCUCAAGGCGAUGGGCAUCAACGACUUGCUGCACUUUGACUUUAUGGAUCCCCCGCCGGCGCAGACGAUGCUUACUGCCCUCGAGUCGCUCUAUGCCCUGAGCGCGCUCGACGACGAAGGCCUCCUCACCCGCCUCGGGCGCAAGAUGGCCGACUUCCCGAUGGAUCCCAUGAUGGCCAAGAUGCUCAUCACCUCGGUCGACAUGGGCUGCAGCGAGGAGCUGCUGAGCAUUGUCGCGAUGCUCAGUAUCCAAAACGUCUUUUAUCGGCCCAAGGACAAGCAGGCGCAGGCCGACCAGAAGCGCGCCAAGUUCUUCCAGCCCGAAGGCGACCACCUCACGCUCCUGACCGUGUACAACGGCUGGGCGGCGAACCACUUCUCGAUGCCGUGGUGCAUCGACAACUUUGUGCAAGGGCGUGCGCUGCGCCGCGCGCAGGACGUGCGGAAGCAGCUCGUGGGCAUUAUGGACCGCUACCACCACGAUAUCCUGACCUGCGGCAAGGACUACAACUCGGUGCGCCGCGCGAUCUGCUCGGGCUACUUCCGCAACGCCGCCAAAAAGGACCCCAACGAAGGCUACAAGGCGCUUGCCGAGAGCGGCGGCAACAUCUAUCUGCACCCCUCGAGCAGCCUCUUUAGCCGCCCGUCGGAGUAUGUCGUGUACCACGAAGUGGUCAUGACCACCAAGGAGUACAUGCGCGAAGUCACCGCGAUCGAGCCCAAGUGGCUCGUCGAGGUCGCGCCGCGCUUCUUCCGCACCUCGGACCCCGCCUCGAUCUCGAAGCGCAAGCGCGAGGAAAAGAUCAAGCCACUUCACUCCAAGCACGCCUCCCGCCAGGAAGAGUGGCGCCGCUCGGUGCAGAACGCCAAAAAGGAGUAUUACCAAGACAAGUUUUAG